CCUGAACUUCCUGCUCUGGAUCUCUGAGCUCUUAGAAUAAUGCUGGCAAUAAUUAUAAACGGGCGUGUGAUGUUUAUAAUGCACGGAAUGGAUGAAGACUCACUGCUUAAUCAAUAGAGAAUAUCGAGGGUGCAGUGCGUGAUUUAUCAUGUCCGGAUCGCUGCUGUGGGCAGUGGAUGUGUACGGGCGGGUGUUCAGUGUGUCGGCCGCUAGAGGCCGCUGGAAGCGCACUGCAGAUGUUCUGCUGGAGCUGAAGCGUGUGACGGGCUCUCCGCAGUGCUGUUGGGGCAUUGGGUGCGACCAUCAGGUGUAUCUCAAUGUGGAUCCCAGUGAUGUGCCUAUCCGCCACCAGGAAGAGACCUAUGAAAACCAGAGGUGGAACCCAGUAGAUGGAUACACUGACACACUCCUACCAACAGACCGCUGGCAGUGGACAGACGAGUCUGGCUUGAACCCUCAGCCUCUUCAAAGCUUUGUGUUGCCCUCUACUAACUGGGAAUGGGAGGGGGACUGGUAUGUGGAUGAUGAGAGCUGUGGUAGAGAAUCCACAGAGACGGGGGGUUGGGAGUAUGCAGUGGACUUCCCUGCCGCCUUCACCAAAGAGAAGAAGUGGAACUCGUGCGUCCGUCGUAGGCGAUGGCUUCGCUACAGAAGAUAUAAAGCCCUGGGAUCAUGGGCCAAGGUACCAUCACAGGUGCCUGUGGACAGAGGGAGACCUCAUCCAGAGCCCUUCAUUGAUAUCAGCUGUGGAGGCUGGGACUUGAGUGACAGUCCUCAGAAACACAUUUACCUGUGGGCCGUGUCCCAACAAGGGAAGGUGUGGUUCCGCACUGAUAUUCGGCACCAGAACCCAGAGGGGACACGCUGGGAGCCCGUCCAGGUGCCCAGAGAGGUGGCUCAGGUUGGCGCGGGGUCAAAAGACCUGCUGUGGGCUGUUUUGUGGGACGGACAAUUGUUGGUCAGAACAGGCAUCAGUAAAGACUGCCCUAAAGGUUCAUCGUGGGAGCUGGUGGCAUCUCCGAAUCAGAAAGGAGCUGUUCAUGUUGCAGUAGGGAUAAAUGUAGUGUGGGCUGUUACUAAGGACAAGAAAGUUUGGUUCAGGAGGGGGGUAGAUUCUCACAAUCCCACUGGAUCAGGCUGGAUCAAUAUUGGUGGAGAGAUGGUGAUGCUCAGUGUGGGACCCAAUGACCAGGUAUGGGGGAUUGGCAGCGAUGAUCGGAUCAUGUAUUUCCGUCAUGGUGUGACAGCCACAGAGGUCACUGGCAGGUCAUGGGUCGCUGUGUCUGCACAGCUUGAUGGCAGUGUAAUCACAAGCCAUUCCAGUGGGGAGCUCACCGCUCCUUCCCAGGGAUCCAUUCUGGGCUGUGACGACAUGGACAUUCCCGAGCCACAUGUUCCAAAAAUCACGAGUGACAGCUUUAUCUCGGCACUGGUGUCUGAUCGCUCGGCCCCAAUAAAGGAUUCUGCCUCUGUAGUACACCCUACUGUACCUGAAGGGGACCAAGUGUCGAGCCAAGAGUCGACCCCUACACUCCAGUCAGACAGUGGCAAUACACCAUGGAGCAUUGUUGACCUGGAAGAAUUGAAGGGCUCUGUUCCCAGCACUGCCUGCAGCUCUGUGGCCACAUACCCCUUUGAGCUUGAGCAGAACUUGGUUGAGCAGGAGAAAAUUCCACCCUGGGCCUGGGUCACUGGUGGAGGAUGUGACAUAGAUUCAAGCUCACACGUCAGCUGGCUGUACAUCUCAGACACAGGGCCGCUCUCUCCAUCCAUAGCACCUGCUCUCAGUGCUGCAAACACAAAGAGAAUGCAACCAGAGGGAGAGCCAUCCACAGAGAAGUCUGUGCGUGUGAAGAGAGGUUGUAUGUGUUGGUGGAGGGACUGGCUGCCCCAUCAGUGGGAGGAUGUUUGUGUGACACUGGAGCAGGUCAGCAGUGCUGGAUCAAUUAGAGAUGACAUCCUGUACCUCUACUACACUCACAACCAUAAGAAGAAGUAUGUGCAUGCUAUGAUAAAGGAGGUAACAGCUCUGGUACCUGUAAUCAGAGACGCUCUAUACACUAUGGCUGUGUACACACCGGAAAAGACCAGACAGAGGCAUCCCAUUUUACUAGCAACUCACUCUCAGCAAGACUUCAAUACUUGGUUGUCUUUGUUGAAUGAGUCAUGCUGUGAAUCCAGGGGUCUUGGAGACCAUAUAUCCAAACAGGCACUGUGGGCUGUGACAUCUAAAGGUGAUAUCAUGGUCCAUGAACCACUACCCAGCCUGGAGGCUCCAGCACAAUAUUUACCCUCUGAUCAGAUGUUUUGGCGUCAGGUUCCGGGUCACCUGCUCUGUGUGGAAUCUAACAGUCUGGGUGUGGUGUGGGGCAUCGGUCAUGAUCACACAGCCUGGGUCUACACAGGAGGCUGCAGGGAAGACUCAGCUCUGGGAAAUGAAAAUGUUAACCAGGCAGUAAGUGACAUCAGGAAUGUCUACAUCUAUGAGAACCAGCGGUGGAACCCGAUGACAGGAUACACUGAUAAGGGUUUUCCAACAGAUCGCUACAUGUGGAGUGAUUCCUCUGGUCUCAAAGAGUGCACCAAAGAGAGCACCAGCCUUCCCUCACCACAAUGGACAUGGGUAUCUGAUUGGGCCGUAGACUACAGUGUCCGUGGAGGGACAGAUAAAGAGGGCUGGCAGUAUGCUGCAGAUUUCUCUGUGACUUUUCACGGUUAUAAGACAGUGAAGGACUUUGUGCGGUGCAGACGAUGGGCUAGGAAGUGUAAGAUCAACCUGACUGGACCUUGGCAGAAGGUCCCACCAAUCCCUCUGAAUGACAUCACCAUUCUUCCGUGUCUGGCUCAGUGCAGUCUGGAGCAGGUGCCUCUGUGGGCCAUCAGUGUAAAGGGAGAUGUUCUGUGCCGUCUGGGAGUCACCACCGACAAUCCAGCUGGCAACUCCUGGCUCCAUGUGGGGACAGACCAGCCCUUCAAGUCCAUUUGCAUAGGAGGAGGCCACCAGGUGUGGGCCAUCGGCAGAGACGGUGCUGUCUUCUACCGGGGCUCUGUGUCUGCCCACAACCCAGCCGGGGAGUGCUGGUACCACAUCCCCUCUCCACCGAGGCAGACCCUUAAACAGGUGUCUGUGGGCAGGACCUCAGUUUAUGCCGUGGAUGAAAACAGUAAUCUGUGGUACAGACAGGGUUUGACACCCAGUUAUCCUCAGGGUUCUGCAUGGGAGCUCAUUUCCAGUAAUGUGUGUAAGGUGUCUGUUGGACCGCUGGACCAGGUUUGGAUAAUUGCUGAUAAAGUUCCAGGUUAUCCAACAGAGAGUUCAGGAACUGUGUGCCACAGGCUGGGAGUGAAGCCCAUGCAGCCGAAAGGCCUGAGCUGGGACUUUGGCAUUGGGGGCGGAUGGGAGUACCUGUCUGUGAGAGGAAACUCCAUAGAGGCCCAGCGUGUGGCUCCUCGUAGUCCACUGUCCAACAAGACCCAGAGUCAGGUGAACGGGAAAGCUGUGGGCUGUUAGUGCCCAUCCUCUACCACGGUCAUCACCUUCACAUGCUCUACUCCCUCCCAGUGCCCUUUCAACCAAAUGUGACCCGAGUUAAUUUUCUCUUGAAUGCACUUGCCUGCUGAACAAACAUCACCCAUGUUUUCAUGUCAUCUUGAUGACAUUUUUUUCCAUUAUUCAUGAUGCAAUGACAGCAAAGCUCAUCUGAGUGUGACCUUCAACUUGAAGCUUCUUUUGUUUUCUGUAUGUUUAUGAUUUAAGUCACCUGAUCCAAUGAUGUCACAUUUUCCUUAUGGUGUCUCAUUUCUGUUUCUGUCGUCUAUAAAGACCACGUUUGUGUAAUUGGUUUGAUUAUAUUUGAAAAUGUUAUUUCUUUUUAUGAUUUCAGUCCCAUUUCAUGGCGCUGUAAACACAGACACAAAUGUCCUACUUAUCUUUUUGCAAUAAAUAUCUACCAAGCACCUGCCAGUUUUCCUUUAAAGGAGCAUUUCUGCGGCACCAGCAUCACCAAAUAGAAUUGCAAUGCAAAAUAAUGGCGAUGAUGUUUACCGACAAUUACUCCGUCUUCCAUUGGUCACCAAACAGAUAGUCCUGCCUGAAGUCAAUGUGUGUGUUUACAAUGUUCAUUAUGCUUACGCGGACAAGGUGUUUGGUCAUGUAAACAGCUUAAACCGUUUAUGACAUUACCCCAAUAAAGGAAAGUUUUAAGUUGCAUGUUAACACUUUUACUGGCUUAUCCAGUGUGCACAAGUGUUGUGCGCAUGCCUGUUUAUGUUUUGCCGUCAAAAGCAGAGAAUAACCUGAUGAUUUCAAAUCUCAUGUAAAUGCGGAUUUCUAGCAAUGUCUGAUUUUUUUGUUGUUACAAGUGUAUUGGUAUGCAUGUAAAUAUACAGAAAAGGCCAC